UUCCUCCUCCGGGCCUCGAGAAAACCACAGGGCGCGGGCCAGGGCGGGCCGCCCCCAGGGAGCCGGCAGGAUGGCCGAGGGCAAGACAGGCGGUGUCGCGGGCCUCUUCGCCAAGCAGGUGCAGAAGACGCUCAACCGGGCCCAGGAGAAGGCGGAAGGUCACAAGCUAUACAAGGACCUGAAGAACUUCCUCAGUGCAGUCAAAGUGAUGCAUGAAAGUUCAAAGAGAGUGUCCGAAACCCUGCAGGAAAUCUACAGCAGCGAGUGGGACGGUCAUGAGGAUCUGAAGGCCAUCGUAGGGAAUAACGAUCUCCUUUGGGAAGACUAUGAAGAGAAGCUAGCUGACCAGGCCUUGAGGACCAUGGAAAACUAUGUCGCCCAGUUCAGCGAGGUUAAGGAAAGAAUCGCCAAGCGGGGCCGGAAACUCGUGGACUAUGACAGCGCCCGACACCACCUGGAGGCGGUGCAGAAUGCCAAGAAGAAAGACGAAGCGAAGACUGCCAAGGCAGAGGAAGAGUUCAACAAAGCCCAGAUUGUAUUUGAAGAUCUGAACAAGGAGCUACUAGAGGAGCUGCCUAUUCUUUAUAACAGUCGCAUUGGCUGUUACGUGACCAUCUUCCAAAACAUUUCCAAUUUGAGGGAUGUCUUCUACAGGGAGAUGAGCAAGCUGAACCACAAUCUCUACGAGGUGAUGAGCAAACUGGAGAAGCAACAUUCCGACAAAGUCUUCGUGGUGAAGGGACUCUCAAGUGGCAGCAGGCGCUCUUUAGUCAUCUCCUCCCCGGUGCGAACAUCGGCCGUCUCCAGCCCGCUUGGCUCUCCUACCAGUCCUUCCGCACUUGCCCUAAAGAAUGAGAGCGACUCCGCUUCAGCAAGUGAGGAAGAGCUGGCCUCUGAUUCAGCCCAGGAAGAAGGCAACCCGGAGAUGAAAGAAGAGCCCUUCAAAGACCAGGAAGUAGAGGAGGAGGCUGCAGGCAGCUCCUCCGGGGAGGGACCCCUGCCAGCCUGCAACGGCCCCACCCCGGCCCAGCCCGCACCCUCGGCCGCCCCCGAGGCUGGAGAGGCCCAGGAGGAAGGCCCGUGCUCCCCAGCUCCAGCGCCAGGCGGAGCCCCGCUCCCCUCAGAGCAGGCUUCAUCCUUCCCAGAAGUCGUCCUCCGAACCCGCACCUCGAGUGAAGGAUCUGAGCAGCCGAGGAAGAGAGCCCCUUCGCAGAGGGCCUCGGCGCCCCCGCACAGGCCUCCGCCACCCAGAGCCACUCCCAGCCCCGGGCCCACCUCAGAGAGCGUGCCCACCAGCCUUCCAGCCUCCGAGCAGGGUUCACCCGUCAACCCGAGGGCCUCCUUGGGGGCCAAGACGCCAAGUCCCAGGGCCUCCGUAGAGGUCUGUCCUGAUCCGCAGCCGCCAGUGAGAACUCCUGAGGCCGAAGAAAAGGAACCCACCGACAGUCCGAGCCCAGAAGAACUCUGCACGUCUCCCACCUUGGUGAGCUCUCAGAACCAGCUUCAUGCUUCUGUGGUUCCAGAAGAGAGCAACGUCACAGCAUCUGAGCCUCAAGAAGAGGUGUCAACGAUUCAAAGUGAACAAUUCUGAAGAGGAACUGCCAAGACCUCCCUCCGACACACACCUUCCCAGAGAAGCUCUUCCGCUAGAGGAUAUAGGUCAGAGGGACUUUACGAUCCAGCAUUCAUUUCUGGUUUUUUCCAAACUGAAUGCUGGUGUUCUCGACACACCUGGCAUUAAUGGAGCCUGAGGAGCAGGCCUGGGGGAGGGAGGGAGGCAGGCUUGGGAGAAGAGACUCUUAGACUCAGGGAGUAUUUAAUUCAGGUUUUAGCAUUGUUAGAAUAAUAAGACUUUAUAUGGUAAUUAAAGUCAGGCUAAAAUGGCUAUAAAAAGCAAAAGCAUCUGUAGACAUACGCCUUGGUCCACACCCGGAUAUAUAAGUACACACUCAGAGAAUAGUGAACGAAUCUUUAUUACUCAUUUUGUAAGACUUAAAACCAAAAGCACAGAUUUUCAGAUUAUUAAAUAAAGUAUCAUUCUGACUA